CUGGACAACUCGUUUGUUUUCUUCAUCGGAGAUCAUGGGCCACGCUUUGGGAGGGAAACAAGGACGUCCUUUGGCAGACACGAAGCCAAUAAUCCAUUCCUCUACAUGACCGUUCCAAAAUGGCUGAGAAACUCGGAAAUGUUCAAGGUCCUAAAGGCUAAGGAAUACGAACUUAUCACACCUCACGACAUCCACGCCACACUCAAGGAUAUUCUAGAGAUUCCUAUUCGCUCAAAAAAUGGCGUCUUGAAAGCGGCUGGUUCAACAUUCACUCGCCUCAACGAAUACGGGAAGCAGUCAGCUUGCAUCACAAAGGAUUUCCUGAAACCUUUGUGUCACUGCACCAAACAUGUGUACCAAACAGAAUCCUAG